CUCGUUCAUGAGAUAAACGCUGUAUAUUGAUGUUUCUUUUUUCCUUCGCCAUAUGCUCUCUUGCCGUACUUUUCUUGCACCCUAGAACCAACAACUUAUAGCCAGCAAGGAAAUCACCUUAAUCCAAGGAAAUAACGAUAAUACACUGUUUUAAACCUCUUCUGGUUUUUGAGAAGUAACAGUUUCCUCCACCCUCCCUGUCGUUUGGACCGAGUUUACAAUUUUUUUUUCUUUUUUCACAACUCGAGCUUAAGGCUUUUUCCCAACUCAUAACAUACUCUUGCCUAUUAGUUACUGAUUUUCCUCGGAUUAAACGAUAUUAUGACUCAGAAUCUUGUACAACAAUUAGCAGGCACUACCCUUAACGACUCCGCGGAGUCUUGGAAGUCGCAAUUGCAAACCCCUGGAGUUGAUCUCCGGCCAAAAACUGAGGAUGUGACUAAUACUCGAGGAACGGAAUUUGAAGAUUAUUAUUUGAAGCGUGAGCUUCUUAUGGGCAUUUUCGAAGCAGGCUUCGAGCGUCCGUCUCCUAUUCAAGAAGAAUCAAUUCCCAUUGCUUUAGCUGGCCGUGAUAUUCUUGCUCGUGCUAAAAAUGGAACCGGAAAAACAGCAGCCUUCGUUAUUCCUUCGUUGGAGAAGGUCGACACAAAAAAGAGUAAGAUUCAAACACUCAUUCUUGUUCCUACUCGUGAGCUUGCCUUGCAAACUUCCCAAGUCUGCAAAACACUCGGCAAGCAUAUGAAUGUUAAUGUUAUGGUAACCACCGGCGGUACCACUCUCCGUGACGAUAUUAUUCGUUUGAAUGAACCUGUUCAUAUUGUUGUUGGCACCCCUGGCCGUGUCUUGGAUCUUGCUGGUAAGGGCGUCGCUGACUUCAGUGAGUGCUCUAAUUUUGUUAUGGAUGAAGCCGACAAACUGCUUAGCCCAGAGUUUACCCCAAUCAUCGAGCAACUUCUUACCCACUUUCCCAAAAAUCGCCAAAUCUCCUUGUACAGUGCAACGUUCCCUCUUUUGGUCAAAAGUUUUAUGGAUAAACAUCUCAACAAGCCUUAUGAAAUUAACCUUAUGGACGAAUUGACGCUACGCGGUGUUACUCAAUAUUACGCUUUUGUUGAUGAACGCCAGAAGGUGCACUGCUUGAACACUCUUUUCUCAAAACUGCAAAUUAACCAGUCGAUUAUUUUUUGUAACUCCACUAAUCGUGUCGAGCUCUUAGCCAAGAAAAUUACCGAGCUUGGAUACUCAUGCUUUUAUUCCCACGCGAAAAUGCUUCAAUCUCAUCGCAAUCGUGUAUUCCAUAACUUUCGCAAUGGCGUCUGCCGUAACCUUGUUUGCUCUGAUCUUUUGACUCGUGGUAUCGAUAUUCAAGCCGUCAAUGUUGUCAUUAACUUUGACUUCCCCAAGAAUGCUGAAACUUAUCUUCACCGUAUUGGCCGUUCUGGUCGUUUCGGUCACCGUGGUUUGGCUAUCAGCUUUAUUUCUUGGGAAGACCGUUUUAACCUUUACAAGAUUGAGACUGAGCUGGGAACCGAAAUCCAGCCCAUUCCCGCAACGAUUGAUCCUUCUCUCUAUGUCUUCCCUGAUGGAGAGUACCAAGUUCCUCGUCCUUUGUCCGUUUCUCAAUUCCCGAACACCAACCUCAAUCCCAACCAACCUAUUGAAUCUCAACCCCGCAACUAUGGAAAUAAUUCUCGAACUCGUCGUGGUCGUAACUACUACCGUGGUAAUGGUCAGCAGCGUUCUGGUAACUCUGGUGGAAAGCAACAACAAAGAAAGCCUACUUACCCUGAUGGUAACGUUGCAAUCACUCAGCACUAAACCAUUAAACCGAUAAAUUUUUUUUAUUUAGAGCGGAGCUUUUCAUUUUGAAACGCGAAGUUCUAUGCUUUUUCUGCAAGUGCAGCUUAUUUCCUUUAGCACAACCUUUAAGCAAUAUUUCUUAUGGUUACAGGAAAUACAUAUUCACACGUUUGCCUUGCAAGCGACGUAAUUACUUUGUUGAUUAGUUACUUUCUUAACACAGUAAAUUCAUUACGUUUCGUAAACUAAGCCGUAUUCUCUAUGCCAAGUGCGAUUUGAAGCUCGUUCAAAGAGAAUGGAAACUCUGAGGACUUGGAGAACUUCUCUAGACAGUUCUUCACUUUUGUCACGUCGUUAAAAAACAGCUGUACUGAGUUUGCUUGAACAUUUGUUUGAACAGUAGGUGAGGUCAGCAACAAAAGAUCAGUUGUAGCGUCUGCAAAUGUUGUAACAAGAAAAGACCCAAACUCGUUCCGUAUCUUAGACCAGUUAACUUUUUCAAGUGCCUCUUCAAUGAAAGAUUCAUCUCCUGAUUGGAAACAGAAACUUAAGUCGAUCAAGGAAGACUGGGAACAAAAUUCUGUGUGCAGUUGUAG